CGUUGAUGCAUACGAAGUGUGUUUUUGCUAUCAGCUGCUGCCUGCUGCUGUUUUGGUUGCAACUUGCCAGCCUAUUUUGACUUUUAUUCUCAUUGUUUUCUAUACGGUUGCUACUUGCUAUUGUUGUGGUUCUACUCGUCGUCAUAAUUCAUUAUUGUUAUUAAUAUCGUAAUUAUUGUUCCGUUUAUAAGGAUUAAAUUGCAAUGUCUGAUUUGAAAUCAUUGGAACACCCGACCUUAAAGGUUCCAUAUGAAGUUCUCAAUAAAAAAUUUAGAACAACACAAAAAACACUCGACAGAGAAGUUUCACAUUUUCAAAACGCUGUACAAGAGUUUGAACGUGAUAUAUCCUCCGAUGUUGCAAUGACUGACACUUCUCAUAUUUCUUCGUUACUUAGUGGCAUGGUUGAAAAAUUGAAAGUGCUCAAAAGAAAGGCUGAUGAAGGUAUAAAUGAUGAACUGCAAGCUGGUUUAGUGUGCAAAAAACGUUUGGAACACUUAAAAGAACAUAACUCACCUUGUGAAGCUAUUGUAAAAAAUUGGCGUCGCCGUCGAUUGGACCGCAUGUUAGUGGAAUACUUUUUACGCUGUGGAUAUUAUAAUUCUGCCAAUAAACUUGCCAAUAAUUCAGAUCUAAAUGAUCUCACUAAUAUAGAUUUAUUCAUGAUAUCAAAAGAAGUUGAACAUUCAUUAGCAAAUCAUGAAACAUCAAAAUGUUUAGCAUGGUGUCAUGACAAUAGAUCUAAAUURCGUAAAUUACGUUCAACUAUGGAAUUCAAUUUACGAAUACAAGAAUUUAUUGAACUUGUACGUCAAGACAAACGUCUUGAUGCUGUUCGACAUGCCAGAAAGUAUAUAUCAACAUUUGAAGAUACUCGUAUGGAUGAAGUACAACAAUGCAUGGUUUUAUUGGCUUUUCCAACUGAUACUGAAAUAUCGCCCUAUAAAGAAAUGUUYGAUGAGACCCGUUGGCAACGGUUAAUUGAACAGUUUCGUCAAGAAAAUUACAAUCUGUAUCAAUUAUCUUCACAGUCAGUAUUUACUGUUGUAUUACAAGCUGGAUUGUCUGCUCUGAAAACUCCUCAGUGUUAUAGUGACAUAAAAGAAGCUCGGAAUAUAAGCUGCCCAGUCUGUCAAGAAUGGUUUAAUACUUUAGCAAAACCAUUACCAUUUGCACAUUGUAGUCAGUCUCGACUGUUUUGUUCAAUAUCCGGACUUCCAUUGAAUGAACAUAAUAUACCUAUGGUGUUACCAAACGGAUAUGUUUAUGGAGAACAGGCUUUGGUGGAGAUGUCGAAUCAAAAUAAUGGACAAGUUAUUUGUCCCAAGACUAAAGAAGUGUAUUGGUUAAAACAAGCAGAAAAAGUUUAUGUAAUGUAA